AUGGAAGCGUCUGAACAAUCCACAACCUCAAUACCGAGAUGUAUGCGAGGAAUAACUUUAAUUCAUUUUGGUAGGCGCAUUUAUCGCGUUCCUACCGCUUCGAUUCCGAAAACUAAUCAUAAACUGUUAGCCAAGCAAGUUUCAACAUCCAAUGACAAAAUAUUAAGUGAUUCUUCUGCAGAAAUUAAUACAAUUAGUCUCACAUGUCCUCAACAUUUACAAAAAUUUAUACUGGGAAAGAAUGGCUACACAUUAAAUCAAAUUCAACGAGACUCAAAAACUACGAUCACAAUACAGCGCGGAGACGAUAAUAUUGUAAUUAAAGGUACAAAAGAAAACGUGGAAAAGGCUAAAAAACGUAUAGAAAAUGCAGUUAAAUGGGGAGCUGAUAAGUUGCGACCAACUCAUUUUCUUUCUCUACCGCUUACGGAUCAACUUCUUCAGCAGAAAGUUGUAGACUUUCAAUCUGAAGUAGCUUCACUUUCUCUUCCUAAUGUAGAUGAGUCAAUAUUUAUUAAACCACCUUCUCUACAUCUCACUAUGGGUGUGCUAAAUCUGCAUGUGCAAGAGGAUAUUGAAGGUGCCGUACAAUUACUAAAAAGUUUAAGCGCGGAAAUUUAUGAUUUGGUAGGCACACGAUCUGUAAUUGCCAAAUUGUUAGGGAUAGCAGUUAUGGAAAAUAAUCCCGCCAAAGCGAAUGUUUUGUAUGCAAAGGUGGAUGAAUCUGAAGGCCGAGAUGUUAUUAUAAAACUAGCAGAAUUUUUGACAGCCAAGUUCACAGAAGCAGGUUACAUGAAGAAGGAUAAUCGUCCAUUCAAGGUUCAUGCAACACUAAUAAAUACUAGUCACCGAAAAUUCUCAAAAAAGGAUAAUUAUAAACAGCGUCAGCGAUUACCAUUUUCUGCCAUCCCAAUUAUUGAUAAAUAUACAAAUUUUGAAUAUGGAAUAAGUAAGAUUGAAAAACUUCACAUCUCAAAAAUUGGUGCUUAUGAUAAAAAUGGAAUGCAUAAGAGUGAAGGAUAUAUUAAUUUGCCAUAG